UUUUUUUAGUUUAAGUAGACUAUUGUCUUUUUCAGGCUCAGAUCGCCUUCCUCCAGGGGGAAAGGAAAGGACAAGAAAAUCUAAAGAAGGAUUUAGUGCGGCGAAUCAAAAUGCUGGAAUAUGCUCUUAAGCAGGAAAGAGCUAAAUACCACAAAUUAAAAUAUGGCACAGAGCUGAAUCAGGGAGAUAUGAAGCCUCCAAACUAUGAUUCUGAUGAAGGGAAUGAAACAGAGGUUCAGCCACAACAAAAUAGUCAGCUAAUUUGGAAACAAGGGCGACAGCUGCUGAGACAGUAUCUACAGGAAGUGGGUUACACGGAUACAAUACUGGAUGUGAAGUCAAAACGUGUGCGAGCUUUGUUGGGCCUUUCAAAUGAUGCCUCAGACAGAGAAAAUAACAAAAACCAAGAGCCAAUGUUAAAUGGCACAGAGGCCCAAGUUAAAGAAAACGUAAUGAUUGGAAAACCAGAAUUGACGGACUCUGCCUCUCUGCUAGAGACUUUCAAGUUUCUUGAAAAUGCAGCAGCAGAAUUCAGUGAUGAAGAAGAGGAAGAAGACAUUGAAGGAAGAGAGAAAACAAUCAUUGAUACCUCGACGAUUGUGAGGAAAAGAGUGCUGUCUGAUAGCAGUGAAGAUCGAGAUACAGAAGAAGCUUUGAAAGAAUUUGAUUUCUUGGUUACAUCAGAUGAAGGAGAUGGAGAAUCCAGAAGUUCAGGAGAUGGAACAGACUGGGAAAAGGAAGACCAGUGCCUCAUGCCUGAAGCCUGGAAUGUGGACCAGGGAGUAAUAACCAAACUCAAGGAACAAUACAAAAAGGAGCGCAAGGGGAAAAAAGGGGUGAAGAGAAAAACUACCGAAGAUAUGUUUCAGCCUCAAUCCUAUAUAAAACAGUCAAAACAGGGAUGUGGGAAAAUGAUGGAGCAAAGCACAGGGCCCAACAGGUCAAAGCUGCAAGACAUGCUUGCAAACUUGAGAGAUGUUGAUGAUCUCCCUUCAUUACAGCCGUCUGUCGCGCCACCUUCUAGACCCAGUAGCUCAAGACUUAUUGAGCAUGAGAUAAACAGGACAGAUGAAGUGGAAGCUUUAACGUUCCCUCCUACUUCAGGGAAAUCAUUCAUUAUGGGAGCCGAUGAAGCACUUGAGAGUGAGCUGGGUCUUGGAGAACUGGCAGGUCUUACGGUUGCCAAUGAGGCAGAUUCACUAACGUAUGAUAUAGCAAAUAAUAAGGAUGCGUUGAGGAAGACUUGGAACCCCAAGUUCACAUUGAGAAGCCAUUUUGAUGGGAUACGAGGCCUGGCUUUCCAUCCAGUUGAACCAGUUUUAAUAACAGCAUCUGAGGACCAUACGUUAAAAAUGUGGAAUUUACAAAAAACAGCUCCCGCAAAAAAGAGCGCUUCACUUGAUGUAGAACCUAUAUAUACAUUCAGAGCACAUAAUGGUCCAGUGCUCUGUGUGGUCAUGAGUAAUAAUGGGGAGCAGUGUUAUAGUGGAGGAACUGAUGGUCUCAUCCAUGGCUGGAAUACAACAAACCCAAAUAUCGAUCCCUACGAUUCUUAUGAUCCUUCUGUUCUAAGAGGUGCUUUUGUAGGCCACACAGAUGCAGUAUGGGGGUUGGUUUAUAGUGGAGCGCACCAGCGUUUGCUGUCCUGUUCAGCAGAUGGCACUAUACGUUUAUGGAAAGCUGCAGAAAUUGCUCCAGCUCUUAAUAUAUUCAAUGAUAAUCAAGAAAUGGGAAUCCCUUCAUCAGUGGACCUUUUAAGCAGUGACCCAAGCCUCAUGGUAGCAUCGUUUAACAGUGGACACACUAGCAUUUUUAAUAUGGAGACACGACAACAAAUUCUGACACUGGAAUCCAGCAUAGAUACCACAGUUAACUCGUCCUGCCAGAUAAACAGAGUCAUCAGCCAUCCAACUCUUCCUAUCAGUAUCACUGCCCAUGAAGACCGGCACAUCAAAUUCUAUGACAACAAUACAGGAAAACUUAUCCAUUCUAUGGUAGCCCACCUAGAUGCAGUCACAAGUUUAGCUGUUGAUCCAAAUGGCUUGUAUUUGAUGUCUGGCAGUCAUGACUGUUCUAUUCGCUUAUGGAAUCUCGAAAGCAAGACCUGCAUUCAAGAAUUUACUGCUCAUCGUAAAAAAUUUGAUGAGUCCAUUCAUGAUGUGGCAUUCCACCCAUCCAAAUGUUAUAUUGCCAGUGCAGGAGCUGAUGCCCUAGCUAAGGUCUUUGUAUGACAUAGUGCUUAUCCUCCAGCGCUAGCUUGUAUAUAUCUAACCAGCUGCACAAUAGAGAAGAAAGGGGGCAAAAAUGCCCUACAAUUCAGAGAAUGUUUGUAAUGGUCUAGUUUCUGCAGGGUGCUCUUUUUUUCUAAAUUAAGGUAUGUUCCAGUUUCUGAGAGCUCAGCUGGUGCUUUGAGCUUGGAAACUCUCUGUUUCAAAUACUCCACAAAAGAACGCUUUUAUUUCUGAGGGUGUGAAUAUUUUCAUCCAGGCAGGUCUUGGGUGAAACUCAGUCUAUAUAUUCUCUGUUAAUACCGUAGGUUACUGUGGAGGGAUGGGCAAGUAAGUAGUAAUAGUCUGAUAGCUGCACAGAGUAGAAGUGGGGCGGGGGGGGCAGAGGGAGGCAAGGGAGGAAGGAAAUCCCAGUGUAGUUCUCAUUGAGGUCUAUACCACAUAAUGCAUCUUGAAAAAAUGACCUUUCAGGUUCCCUUUGAAGUACCACAAGAACUUCACUUGUUCAUCCCUUCAGCAUUAGAGACUAGGUAAAGUUUAGAGAGAAUAGCAGAUAAUUAAUCUCAGCCACUGGGCUGCUAGCAUAAGGUAAAUCUGGUUUAAAAGAAAAUUACUAACUUUUAAAAAUAUUAAUGCAGUAAUGUUUUGUUAAAUCUAUUGUUAUACAUACAGUGGAUAUUUAGUUUGCAGAAAAUUUAUACAAUUUAUUUUUUGAAAGAAAGUGUUAGCAAGUGGCUAGAAGCUUAGCCCUUAGACUAGUCGCGUUUAAUGAGACAGACUAAAACAGUCUGUAUAUACUGUAAUAGUGAAUUAACUUAUUCAGAUUUAUAAUACUACUUGUUGUUGGAGGUCAGGCACAAGAAAUAUUCUCAUUUUGUUGGGGUUUUUUGCCCAUGUUUCAAAUCCUUGGUCCCUUUUUUGUUCCUUGUCAUGUGCAAGAAAUAACAACCUCCCCUAGCAAUCUCUAGUACAGUUUAAUAAAUAAGCGUUUAUCAUUUCCCUUCCUGAUAACUUGCCACUCUGGGCAUUUAAGUAUGACUGAAAUUUAUUACUUCAUCUUAAGGAUAAAGCAUUAUAUGUAGUGUUCCGCCUGAGCCUGUCUUGUAGGUUAAUACAAUGGGGUGCCCUUACCAAGUACUUGCCUUUUUGAAAGAUUCUACUAUUUCUAGAAGUACUCCCUAACUUGGAAACCUGUGGAGUUUUUUUUAACAUGCCCACUGUACUGGUCAUGUUGUGCCAGUGAUCUUUAAAGUAUGAUUAUUGAAUGAAAAAAUGAUUCCAUAUAAAAGGGCACCUUUUAUACUCAACAGAUUUUCUCCCUAGAUGUAUCCAGAGCUUCCUGUAGACUUGAGUGACAGAAGUAAAUUUUUUUAACCAGUUUUACCGUUUAUUCCUUCAAAGUCUCAGAGCUGAGAGAGCCAAGUGGGUUCUGUUCUACUGAGCAUCAUCAGUGAGAUUUCUUGUUACUAGUCUAUCAAUUCUGUGAAGGCAGGCAUAGCCCUCAAGUGGCACAGAAGGCAAAAUGUGUGCUGUAUAUUCUGUAUUGCUGGUGUUGAUACAAGAAAAAAAAGAACCCUUAAAUUGAAGGUUGAAUUUGUAAGACUGGAAGUUAGUUAAUAAAUCUUUCAUCUUUUAAACUGACACAAUUAAAAUAGGAAUCAUUGAAAGAGACAAAGAAACUAUUCCAUUUUUAGAGAGACUUUUCAACGUGAAACCACAGUCUGCCCAAGUCCCAGAAUUUAGAUUAACCUCAUUGCUUUAUGUAGGGUUGACGUAGGCUAUUUGGGUUUGCAGGAUAUUAUAUUUUAUUGCAAAAAUACCUGGGGAUACCUUUCACUUCUCAGAAUACUCAGACAUUUGUUUGUGACAGUGUUGUACAAUAUUUCCAUUAAAUAAAUUUAGAAUUUUUAGCACUAAACAGAUGACAAUGACAAUGGUAACUCAGAUAAUUUAGUUUUUAUAAUAUGUUUUGAUUAUGGUGAAAAGGGGAAAAGCUGGCUGAAAACUGAGCAUUCAAUUUUGUGAAAAUUCUUCUGUGUACUUGACUCUUGUUUUUUUGUGUCAUUAUUUUAUUUCUUUUUGAAAAGAAAAUUACAAAAAUUUAUUUGAAAAAUUCUAAAAGUUAUGUAUAUUAUAUAUGUGUAUAUAUAUAUUGUAAACAUGUAUUAAAUGUGUCUAGUAAGAGAAGACUACUUUGGAUGCAUUUUAAUGUUUUAGUAUUAAGAGUUCUCUUGAGUUUGUGUAUAAAAAGGAUAAUGGUAUGACUACGAAAUGAAUGUUGUGCUGUUUGCUUACACAAUAUAAUAUGUAGUUAAAGUUGUUUAAAAUGCUGUACAUAAUUGGCCAGCAUGCUUGUUUUUAAAGACUGUUGUUCUGAUUACAAUUGGAAUGUAAGAAAUGGCUGUUAAAAUGUGAAUUGAAAGAUGUUCCAUUCUCACUAUUGAGCUGUUGCUCAAACUGAAAUGAAUCUUGAAAAGCUGGCAAUAGCUAGAGGAUGAGGUGCCUUUUAAAAAAACAAAACAAAAAAAAAACAAAUGUAGCCUUACAAAGAGGUUGUGAAGUAUAUAUUUUUGUGCUGGUCUAACUGAUGUCAGUGUCUCUUUGCUGUACUUGCUCAAGUACUUGUAGACUUGCAGGGUACUGUGCAUGAGCCUGUCAGCUCUUCUGAACACCAUCGUAGAAGUUAAGGAUGGAAAAGAUUUCUUGGGUUUAGUCAUCUGCUUACCAAAGUGGGGUUAUAACCGUGUGUGUUUUUAGUAAUGUUUUGACCAGUGAGGUUUUACAUAUGUCCUGCAUUAUUAGGCUUUUAUGAAUUCCCUUGGAAGGUUCCCAGUGCUCAAAACAGCAGAUACCCAUAGACUCUUAAGAUAUUGCUUCCUUAGUUGUCUUUUAGCCAAGCUACGAUAGCUUUUUCCUUCUUCUGUCACAUGCAAAAUCUCUCCAGCGUUUGAUCAUUUUUAUAAUUCUUGAUGCUGUUUCAGGUGGGAGGAGGGAAGGAAGGGAUGUUGCAUAAUUUUGUGUCCGGCCAUGACCAUAGCAUUCCAGGUGUGAGAGCUAGAGCCAGUACCGGAAGAGGAUCUGUUAACUUUCCUUUUUUCUUUGUGGUUCUUUUGCUUAGGCAGAUUAAAACAGUUGGCCUUCUUGCCAAUGUAGCCAGUCUGAUUUACCACUUGCUGUCUACGUUCAGCGUUGCUGCCUCCUAGGUUUCUUUUUCUUUUUCCAUGUAUGUUUCACAGUUCCCCCCUCAAUGGAUCCACCUUCAGAGUUUUGAUAUCAAUCUAACGUUGUUGUUUUUAUUUUGAUGCAUGUUUAUAGUCCUUCUGGGCCACUUAAUAUUUUUCUCUGUACCCUAAUAUGUGCAGCUUUUCUCAAUUAAAUACAGUUGAUAAAAUUAAUGUUCUAGAAGAUCUAAUGUGAAUAUUGGACCCAAAACUUAUCCUUGUGCUCAAAAUUUGCAUACAGGUUGUUAUAUUACUUUUUACCAUUACUUUGUUUGAUUCAAGUGGCACUUUUUUUUAAGGUUAAUUCUUAGAAAUUCCAUGGAUAAUAAUGUGUGCUACUGAUUUUAGUAAAGUCCAAUUGAAAAGAAAAAAAUUUAGUUCUUUUACCAAGUGUAAAUGAUCCAUUAGGUUUAAACGUUAUCCUACUUCACUUCCAGUUUACAAGGGUAACUCAUGUGCUUUUCUGUGUGUUUGAUUUGCCUAAAAAUCCUUUCUUUCACAAAAUGUGAUUGGACUCAUUUGACAUAUACCCUGAAUUUAAAUAUUGUGGAAAAUCUUCCAUUCACUUCUAAAGUACCAGAAUCCAUUUUAUGUUUUGUGCCAGAGACAAACCUCUGUGACACACCAAGUAAAAUCCUAAAUAGUAUUAAAAAUAUCUCUAGUCUUUUUAUAGUAAAAAGCUGCCUUUGAUUUUAUUUUUAGAUAAAAAUGGGGAGUUUAAUUUAAUAAGAAUACACAUUAGGAAGAACUCUUCUAAAUUUUAAUUCCCCUUACUGUAGCUGUCCUUAGGGUACAGUGUGUGACAAUAUUUUAGUCACAAGAAAAGUAUUCCCUAGCAUAAUAUAUUUGACUCUAAGCAUGUAAUGUUCAGUAUUGAGCUUUGCAGUCAAACCAUAAGCCUGAUUUUCAGGGCUGUAAAUUCCAAAUAAAUAGAAACUUGUCUUUUUCAAUUAAAAAAAAAAAAAAAAAAAAGUAAUUCCACACUACCUUUACUAUUACCAGUGUAUGGUCAGCAUGUUUUUUCAUACUUUUUCCACAAUUCUCAGGAGUUUUUGCCACCGGGGAAAAAGCAGGAAUUUAGUAGGAAUCAGGAAUUUGCAUAAAUUGUGUAUUUAUUAUACAGUAAUUAUGUCAUUUUUUGAUAGGGAUGCUGGAUCACAGGUGAGUUUUAGCUCAUCCCAAAGAAAAACAAAAAAUUCCUAAUUGGCAUAAACAUCAUUUUGCACACUUCUUUUCAUGCACUUUCAAAAAAGUGUUUUUGGAAAUAAUGCCAGUCAGUGCUUGGUGAUGUGUUUUGGACGCCUGUUUGAAGGGUUUGCUGAUACAUUUUGUUUUGCCGCAACAAGUAAAUCCCAGGACGUCAAAUUUUCAAACUUCUUGUGGCCACUAUUAGACUGGAAGAUGGGGCAUUGCUUAGGUGCCUAAAUACAAAUUUUUAGGGAGAGAUUUGAAAAUGGUCCCAGAAUAGUGUGUGAAUAUUGACCCUAAAUGAACAUGGCAAUGCCCUUGUUGGACUCUGAUGUCCAAGGGUCAAGAUUUGAACUGGACGCUAGUAAGCAAUGUGGCAUUAUUGGAGAAGAUGCUUUCUAAAUGUACCUUUUUGUUUCAAGGCAUAUUGCUGAUGGUCAUUUGGGUUGACCCGACAUAAUUGACCAAAUUAUUCAUUGGACUAUGAUAACAGAGAAGAUUAGAUCAAGAGGUGAAAUUUUAGCAUUGACUUGCAUGUGUGUCACUUAUUUCGGUUAGGUGGAAUUAUGAAGGCUUGAAGCCAAUUCCAAAUUUGACCUGAAGACACUGGAAACGAUAGCUAGAAAGAACUUGUUAAUGUUAGAACUUUAUGAGAUUCUCUGUGAUUCAAUUACCCAUAUUUUAUGAUGCUCCCUGCUUUAAAUUCCAAAAUUAUCAAAGUAAAAUUAUAUUUGUUCAUAUUUGAAACUAUACCAUUAAACAGAGGUAGCAAGAAAUCUAUGUAUGUUUGUAAUUUAAAUUUUAAAAAUAGAAUUUGAUAUUUUUUUUCUAUGUUGGAAAACCCAAUGCUAUGGUGGCUGACGCACCUUAGACACUUCAGCAGGACCGUUUAUGCUUUCAGUCUAACGCAUAUAAAACUUUUCAGGAUCAAAUCAGGCCUUAAACUUUUGUUUUGUUAGAAUUGGAUCUUAAUCUGAAGGAGGCAGUACAAGGCAGGCUUUCAGCCAUCGUUCUGAAUUUCCAUUGUUUUCUGCAUUUUUAUCAAAAUCUGUGUUACAUAAAAGAUUAUGGUAUUUUCCAUUUAUUUCCCAUUCCAUAAAAAUAUAUGCAGAGUCAAACACGUAAGGCUAGCUUUAAAAUAUAGCUGGCCUUUUUCCUAGUGCAGCUCAUGUGUAAUA